CGUCGAUUUGAGUAUAAAUUUCAAUUAUCAUUUUGAAAUCUUCUCAAAAAUCUGAUAUACUACAUCGAUAUAAUAUUCUGACAUUGUAAAUCGAAAUAUCGAUAAUUCCAUUCAUUUUCUAACGGCGUGUAAGAACAGUUGCUUUUCACACAAGACUCAACAUGAACACGAAUAAAAAAAAUGACAUUCUGCGAUCAAUCGAAGAUCUAAUUAAACGUAUAAUACAAUCGGACCCUCCAACUAUUGAAUUACACGACUGGAGAAAAACAAAUCUGCGGUUUACCGAUAGAUUAACUACGACAUCUAGUACAGAUUCCAAUGUCAGAUAUAUCAAGUUUCAUCGUAAGCAGAGUCGAAUGUUAUUUACCUCUGUUGUUCAUUUAUUGACGAAAAUUUACCAUAUGCUUAGAACUGACGCUUGGUACACUAAACGGGAAAUAUAUUACGAUGAAAUUGAUAUAAUGGUCAAUCAACGGAUGGUCGAUUCUUCGUUGUUGAUUAUUUGCUAUUUAUUGAAAUGUCCGCCGUGGGAAUUGAAUAUCAUGAGUUCAACGAAAGGUUUAGUCGCUGGUCCUUUGUGUAUGAAAACCGGAGAAGAUGAAAUAAUCACUUGCAUGUCACCUGGAGGUACUAUAAUCCCGCAUCGUAUCAGUUCAAGGAGCACAGAACUCAGAACACAAGCUAAAUGUGUUCUGAUCGUUGAAAAAGACGCUACGUUUCAGAGAUUACUCAGUGAAAAGUUUCUGGAAAAGAUGCCAAUGUUUAUUUUAGUUACGGGUAAAGGAUACCCAGACAUAUAUACUCGCAUUUUGGUCAAAAAACUGAACGAGAAUCUUCAUUUGCCAAUUUUAGCUUUACUCGACGCCGACUACGAUGGUAUUUAUAUCAUGUGCGUUUACAGAUUUGGAUCAGCUAAAAUGAGUUCUUUCGCUGAUAAGUUAGCUACGCCGAAUAUAAGAUGGCUAGGAAUACAUCCGUCUGAUUUGGAAUCAUAUGCGGUUGAAACGCUUACAUUAGAAGAACACGAAAAAAACAAAUUGAGAAGUUUAGCCAAGAAAGAAUGGGUAGUACAGAACAAGGAAUUGUUGAAACAGGUAAACAUUUUACUAAAUUUGGGACAGAAAGCUGAGAUAGAAGCGAUUUAUAAAACAUCGCGCGAAUUUAACAUCUUUGAUUACAUUGGUGAUAAGAUAAAGAAAGAUGAGUUAUAUUGAAAGUAAUUAGUUCGAAGCUUUUGUAUUCUCAUUCUCAUUGUAUUCAUAAUUAGAUAGGAUCGGGUAGGUCUUAAGUACUUAAAUCGUUUUGUAAAAUUAUCCCCUUGUCA